AUGCCUUAUCGGGAAUCACAACCUCCGCGAACGCCGUGGAAUUGUGCUGUGUUCGUCGACGCUCGCCAACUAAAUAAAUAUCAAGGGUGGUACUUGAUAGAUUCAUACUACGGUCCGUUCAAUGGAGCAAGGUGUACGAGUGUACUAGGACAGGCCUCGCUGAGAAGAAUUUACCGAGGGAUGCUUCCAGCUGCUUUCGCGGAUUUAUCAUACUGCUGUCGUGGUAACGAGUCAGGGUCGCCACGAAAAAGGAAAAGCGGGCAAGCCGUACACUUCGACGGAAGGAAUAAGACCAUCAGACGUGUUAUCUGUGGAACACAUCCGAGUACGGAGAUGAAGGGAUUUGAAGAUGCUGACUCCAAGGUUGGGUCGGAAGUCACAGGGCCUCUGUCAGCCUCCGCCCUCUUCGUCGCAAUCCAGGUUGAAGAGAUCCCCUCCACCAUCGGAACAGUGGCGCGCGAUGAUAGAGACCUGACCCUGUUCGUCAAUGAGUCUGAUGCAUAUAGCGGAUUGGGAAAGCGAGCUGCUUGCGUCGUUGACAAGGACUCUGUAGAAGCAGAGAUUCGGGCGAAGCUUUGCUCGAGUGGGAAGUUGUGGGAGGAGUAG